AUGACAUCCCCUCCAUCGCUAGACCCAUUCUCUCCCCCGAUCCCCGUCAGCACCCAUCCCAACCGCGCCUCAGGGUCCAAGUCUCCUGAGCUCGAACGGUCCCUUCCCGACCCCAAUCGCUUAGCGCCCGAGGAUGCGUACUUCGCACCCUCGCUCUUGCGCGCCCGGUUGGCGCCCAGGAACUACGAGGAAAAUCUGCGAUCAUUGAAUGGCGAAAGCAGUGCCCAUAUUGGGUCUGCUGCAGCGUUGCGGAAGAAGUUGGGCGGUGCUGGACGGCGUCGCAAGCGGAAAGGUGCUUGGAAGAAGUUGCUUUGGGUUAAGCAGUCGUGUAUGUCUACGUACGGUCACGGGUUCUAUACAGGGCUUGGGGUUGGUGUUGCAUUGUUACUGACUGUCGUUCUAGAUCCGGAUAACUAUACCGACACGGAAACGUUUCUCGAUCACCUUCAGCGUAAUCCUCGGGUGCGACCGUACGAUUUUUGGCCUCUGGUGGCUGACUCGACUGUGAUCGUCCAGCAUGUGUGCUCGGUGGUUAUCUUCAUUUGCUGUUUCGUUGGCAUUGUCCAAGACCGGGUGAGCCCUGUUUUAAUUGUCUGCUGGGGAAGCGUCGGGACGGCUGUGGGCUGGAUUCUGUGGGAUAGUUGGGUCUGGAAGGAGCAUGAGGAAUCGGUUCAAAGUACAGAUGGAAUCACUGGAGGUGAUGAUGUGUCUAGUUCGACUUCGUUUGCUAGCGCUGCCAAUACCCCCACCGAUGACACACACUGCAACGACGCACAGACGAAUGCUAUUCAUGGCCUUGGGCUGUCCAUGUCUGGAAAUGAGUCAAAAGAACAAUUCGCUUACCGCACUGCGGAUUUCAGCGAAAGUCUCGACACAGUCGAUCAGUUCACAGCGCAAAGUGGUGUACCGCCCGCUCCAGGCAGCUCCAUAAUAGGUGGCAUUGCGGAUCCGUUCAUAUCGAAAGAUACCCACCGCAUUUCCAUGCUAUCACCGCGCAACCGUCAGCGCUUGGCUACUGUCAAGUCAGCCUUCCUUAUUUACUCCUGCCUCCUAGGCCUCAGCCCUAUCUUGAAAUCUCUAACCAAAUCCACCGCCAGUGACUCUAUCUGGGCGAUGAGCUGCUGGCUUUUAAUCAUGAAUAUAUUCUCUUUCGACUAUGGGAGUGGGGAAGGCGCAGGCGCUACCACAAUAUUCCCUGCUUCUUUGUCCACGAACGCAGCUGUGAUGGCCUCAACCGUGCUUGCGUCCCGGCUGCCUUCUACAACCCACGUGUUCAGUCUGAUGCUCUUCUCGAUGGAAGUAUUUGGGUUGUUUCCCAUCUUCCGGCGUCAACUGCGACAGAAGUCCUGGACUGGUCAUGUGCUUCUGACACUGACCCUUGUGGCCGUUGCUGGUGGCGCUGUUGGUGUCACGCUGAGCGGCGGAUGGGCAGCAACCAUCAUUGGAUCUGUCCUAGGAAGCAUUAUAACCGCGUUUGCGAUGGGCGGAUGCAGCUGGUGGCUUAUCAGCUUGCAAAAGUACAAAAACGUUGUGAUCGGCCCCUGGGACCCUGCCCGGCCGAUCAUCCGGCGCCACUGGAACUAA